AUGGAGACCAAGGAGGUCAAGGCGCCGCGGCAGCACAACCACUCCGACUGCGGCCUGUACAUGCUCCAGUUCAUCGAGAAGCUCGCCAAGCACGCCUCCGCCCUCAAGCCGCCGCUCGAGAACACGCCCCACCCGUCGUGGUCCGCCUACGAGGAGCUCCGCUUCGGCAAGGAGGAGGUCCGCCAGAUGCGGCGGGACAUGAAGUGCGACAUCCAGCUCCUCGGCGAGCAGCAGGCGGGCGGCGCCUGA